AUGGCAUACUCAAGCUGUCUGAUGGUGUUGCUGGUUGCAUUGAUCGCUGGAUCUGCUUUCGCUCAGUCACCUACGGCUGCGCCAACGGUUUCUCCAACGGCUUCGCCCACCGCCGCACCUCCUUCACCUGUCUCCGCUGUUCCUACUGCCUCACCGACUGAAGCUCCAUUGGCUUCUCCACCGGCUCCUCCUACUUCUCUAGCUCCAUCUUCUCCAACCGCUUUUCCUCCUUCGAUCUCAUCGACUCCCACCGGUUCACCUACCUCUACUCCUAACUCCGCUAGCCUGAACAGAGUCGCCGCCGCCGGAUCCGUUGCCGUGGUUGUCUUAGCCGCUGCUUUCGUCCUGUAG